AUGCAGAGACCACCUCCUGAAGAUUUCUCCUUGAAGGAGACUAAACCUCAUCUCGGUGGAGGCAAAGUCACCGGAGACAAGCUCACGACCACAUAUGACCUCGUUGAGCAAAUGCAGUAUCUCUAUGCUCGUGUCGUCAAGGCCAAAGAUUUACCUGGUAAGGACUUAACUGGUAGUUGUGACCCUUACGUUGAAGUUAAGCUUGGUAACUACAGAGGAACCACUAGGCAUUUCGAGAAGAAAUCUAACCCUGAGUGGAACCAAGUUUUCGCCUUUUCUAAAGAUAGGGUUCAAGCUUCUUACCUUGAAGCUACUGUCAAGGAUAAAGAUCUAGUUAAAGAUGAUUUGAUUGGUCGUGUUGUGUUUGAUUUGAAUGAGAUUCCUAAGAGGGUGCCUCCUGAUAGUCCUUUAGCUCCACAGUGGUAUAGGUUAGAAGAUGGGAAAGGUCAGAAAGUUAAAGGAGAGCUUAUGUUAGCUGUUUGGUUUGGUACUCAAGCUGAUGAAGCUUUCCCUGAAGCUUGGCACUCUGAUGCUGCAACGGUUAGUGGAACUGAUGCUUUGGCUAACAUCAGAUCUAAGGUUUAUCUGUCUCCUAAGCUUUGGUAUCUUAGGGUUAAUGUGAUUGAAGCUCAGGAUUUGAUACCGAGCGAUAAAGGGAGGUAUCCUGAAGUGUUUGUGAAAGUGAUUAUGGGAAAUCAGGCACUCAGGACUAGAGUGUCGCAAAGCAGGAGCAUUAAUCCAAUGUGGAAUGAAGAUUUGAUGUUUGUUGUAGCUGAGCCGUUUGAGGAGCCUUUGAUUCUAAGUGUUGAAGAUAGAGUUGCACCGAAUAAAGAUGAAGUCUUGGGGAGAUGCGCGGUUCCGUUGCAGUAUUUGGACAAAAGGUUUGACCAUAGACCCGUGAACAGCAGGUGGUUUAACCUCGAGAAGCAUGUUAUAAUGGAAGGAGGAGAGAAGAAAGAGAUCAAAUUCGCCAGCAAGAUUCACAUGAGGAUUUGUUUGGAAGGAGGGUACCAUGUACUUGAUGAGUCUACACAUUACAGUAGUGACCUCAGACCAACUGCAAAGCAACUAUGGAAGCCUAACAUCGGUGUGCUUGAGCUUGGGGUCUUGAAUGCGACGGGUUUGAUGCCUAUGAAAGCUAGAGAGGGUGCUUUACACCAAGAUGGAACGAGCAAUAUACCUGGGAAGUCUUCGACCCUUGUACAGUUGUUACGGUUGGUGUGUUCGAUAACUGCCAUCUACACGGUGGUGACAAAAACAACGGAGGAGGAAAAGAUUCAAGAAUUGGGAAGGUGA